CCCCAACUUCUUGGACGGCAGCAAAAGAGCAAACGCGCACGCUAACACGCACCCACACCACACAAUCCCAUGGAAGCGUCCCUUGCCGCCGCCGGCGCCGCCGGCUUGUUUCCUCCGCCACGAAUCCGCAUCCGAAUCACCAAAUCGAGCCCACUCCCACCCCCUCGGCGCCUCCAAUUCGGAACCACCAAGAUCUGGACCUCUGGCUCGCGGGCAUGCCUGGCCGCGGCCUCCGCGUCCACACCGUCGGCGCCGGGAGGCGGCCUUUACUCGGCGGCGACGUACGAGCUGACCCCAGAAAACGUCGACCGCGUCCUGGACGACGUCCGGCCAUACCUCAUCUCUGACGGCGGCAACGUCACCGUCGUUGCCGUCGAGGACGGUGUCAUCUCCCUCAAGCUUGAAGGAGCAUGCGGCAGCUGCCCCAGCUCGACGACGACGAUGAAUAUGGGCAUCGAGCGUGUGCUCAAGGAGAAGUUCGGCGACGCUUUUAAGGAAAUCCGUCAGGUGUUCGACGAGGAUCAGCCGCCGGCGGAGACGACGCCCGAGGCGGUGAACCGGCACCUGGACAUACUUCGGCCAGCGAUCGCGAACUACGGCGGGAGCGUGGAUGUGUUGGCCGUCGACGGCGAGGACUGCCUGGUGAGGUACGACGGCCCGGAAUCCAUCGGCAGCGGUAUCAAGGCGGCCAUCAAGGAGAAAUUCCCGGACAUCACCAAUGUGGUGUUUACCCUGUAGAACACUGUCUAGCUAUGCUAUGCAUAUUAUUACGCAGUCGACAGCAAAUGAGAAGAUGAAAUGACCAGACAUAUUGAUCCAAUUUCAUACAUGUAAUUGCGAAAACGUAGUAAUGCAAGGAUGAGACGCAUUACAUCCUUGAAUUUGCUCUGGUGCGGUCAUCCUUGCAUUUGGCAGAAAGUGGAUGGACGGUUUUGCGUCUCAUCCUUGCAUUUGCUCUGGUGCGGUCAUUGCAGCUUUCAGGAGCACAUCUCCUGCUGCGAGUGCCGAUGUUUCCCUUCCGUCACCUGAAAUUGAGAUGAUUCGGAAUUUUCAUUUCA